AUGCCCAAACAGAGGGGAAAGCCUAACACCUCUACGACUUGCGUAGGAGGCAGUGUGAAAUCCGAGCAAUCGACAAUAUGGCCGUCGAAAGGCAAAGACAGCAAAGACGUGGAAAUCAAGGUAGUCUCUGACGACGGCAUGGCGCUGUAUGUGCCCGAGCAUCUUCUGAAGUCAUAUAGUCCUGCGCUCCAUGAUCAACGAUAUCCCCCCCCUGCCCCCGGAAGUUCCGACCCCCGCCUCAUAGAGUUCUCCGACCCCGACAUUGAAGGCUACAAGACCCUGCAUCUCUUCCUCGCUGUCGUCACUCAGAACAGCCUUGAGGGCGCCCUUCGGGAUGACACCGGCGGAGGUAUUGGAGAGACAUUGCUAUUCGCCAUGAGAUUUGCGGAGAAGUGGGACUGCAGAAUGGCCGCCCACUUGAUGACUCUGUAUCUGAUGGAACUAGCUAGGAGAGGCAGAGACCAAGAUAUCAUUGACCCAUUUGACAUCUUUGUUAUUGCCGCUCAGCUCGACCUACCUCACAUCGCCGCAAAGGUCAUCGAGCUCUACACACGCAAGGAGGAUGCAGCCGACUCUGCUUCAAAGUCGCCGACAUCGACUUGGCCUUUUCUGCUGUAG